UAUUGUUGGGCUGAAAGGGAGUAGAGGAGUAAGCUAUGGUAUGUUAAUGGAAAUUUGAGACUAUAGUAGGUGCGUUGGAGGAAGUGCAGUCACAAUUUCCAAAUGCAAGUAUGUCUGGAGGAAAGAUGGUUGUGUCUGAAGUGAAAAGUAUGGCUGAAGAUGAGCCCGAAGAGGGUGAAAUCCAAGAUGAUGAUGGUUCAUUAGAGGACGUAAGCUCCGAUGAAGAUGUGUCAUCUGUUUGCCGCAAGAGAAACCGUGAAAGAUUUUAUGGCAAUAAAUUUAAUGUUUACCAUGUCAGGACGGAGUAUGCAGCUCAGUCGUCUCGUCCUCACAAUAGCAGUGCCCAUAAAUCAUAUAAGCGUAAACGUGUCUCUUCCAUUAUAGAGGAAAAUCAGCAGAGGUUAAGUCCUGUAAAAUAUAGAAAAGAAACGAAUAAAUCUACUAAUGGUGUUUAUCAUGUGGCUUUGAACACCGUUGCUGUAGAUGAUCGCAGAAAGGAAAAUAAUUUUGUUGAUAGGCUGAAUGAAUAUCAAUUCGUUAUGCCUAAGCAGGAUAUCAAGGACGAAGAUAUUGUUCAAGAGAAGGAGAACAGAAGUGACUGCCAGAAGGAAACCAAAGUUAAAAGAAUGAUUAGGAGAAAACAACGGCAUUCUCUCUUAAACAGCCCUGAGCCAAGACCAUCAAUAUCCAGUGAUAUCAAGACUGACUCUAAUAGGAUAAUAGGACCAGAAGAAGAGGAGAGAAAGAAAAAAGAUUCAUGUACAAAAUUAGGAACAAAAUCUAAAAGUUCACAUUCUAAGAAGAGAUGUUAUUCUCCUAAAAGAGAGAAACAUCGGUGCUCAAAGAAGAAAGAUGGUAGGAAAUACUUGAGCAAAACGAUUGAAAAGAGUGAUUGUCCUGGUAAUGGAGCCCAUGGAAGCAGCUUAUUGAUGAGGCUGCAAGCAAUGAUGACGGUAAACAUGUCAGCCAGAAAGGAAAGAACUCCUGUUGUAAGUGUAAAGAAAAAAGAUGAGGACAUUGUUAAAAGCCAGGAAUUGGACAAUGAUUUGAGGACAAAUUCAUUGCCGUCUCUUGACGCAAUGAAGUUGGACGAUGAAAAUGAGAAAGAUUGUUCAGAGAAAGCAGAGAUUGUGGGUGAGACAAAUCAGAACCAUCUUUCUGGACAAACUGAAGACAUUAAGGAGUUGCCUGAUACUAGGAAGAAUGAACCAUUGGUUAUUACAAUAGAAGACAGUGACAGUGAGUUAUCAGUGCCUGCCAAGAUGCUAGAAUAUGACUCACCAGAGAAAGUAAAUAAGAAGGGAGAAAUGAAAGCAGUUGAAAGUGAAACAGGCACAAAAGGAACAGAGUAUGAAGAAGAAGAUGAGGAUUUAGUCCAGCUGCGCCUUCUUGCUUUACAAUCCCACCGCCGUAAAGAGACUUCAAAACCAAGGGUGGAAGAUGAUGAAGUUAUGCAGUUACGUUUGGCAGCUCUGAAAUCUGCUAUCAUAAAGAAAUGUCAAGUUAGAAAACAGCGUGGGAUUACGUUAAAAUCAAAGAAAAUGAACGCACUAGACAGUCCUGGUCUUUCAGAUCUAGAGAAGAGUAACAUCAAAGAUGACUUAGGUGAGGAAAUACUGAGACCAGAAACCGCUUCCAUGGAAGCUGUCCAAGGUGAACCAGACGAGACUACUGCCCUUGUGGAUAUGGAUCUCUCCCACACAGAUGAUGAGUCAGAAUCACAGAGUGAGAUGAUUAUUGGUCCUGUUGAUAUACCCUUGCCUGGGAAUUGUGAAAGUAAAUUUUUACCAUUAAUCCCUGAAGAUUACAGUACACAAAAUGUACCUUGCAUUAAUGUGCCAUUGGUGAAGACGGUUCAUGAAGAUAACCUUGUGCAUUUAAAAGGGGAUCAGAAGGAUGAUGUGGUGAACGCAUGGAGCCCUGCAGUUACAAUGUAUAGCAGUCCUGACUUGGAAAGCUGUCAGCUGUCAGGAACGUACAACAGUAAUGUACAGAUUCCUUCACUGAAUUCAGUUGGUUAUUCCAACUCUCAAGUACAAUUUCCCUCAUCAUCACCAUUUCCACAGCAGCAGUUAUAUCAUGAGUUAUAUCAAAGUGAUAACAGUUUUGAUCAUCCAAGUACACACCUAGAUGUUACUACUUCAGAGACUAAUACAUUUGACCUGUGUGCAUCAACUGGCGUGCCUGGUUCAUUUGUGUCAUCAGAUGUAAACUCAUCAAGUUUUACUUAUGAUGCAAUGUCGGUUUCUAUGGUGGAACCACACAUGGUCAGUGCAAAUACGUUUAUUGCCAGAACGGAGUCUCCAUUUCUGGAAACUAAUUCCAUAGGACUGGACAUUCCUCGAGCAAAUUCUGCUCCUGCCACAGAAGAUCCACAAUUUCCUGGAAUAAGUUCCAUCACACACAGAACAGACCCCGAGGUCCCAGGAACAGAUUCUGUUACCCCUGUGCAGUUUCGUGCAGUGGAUUGUGGAGCUGGUUCUUGUCAGAAUAGAGUCAGGAUCAGGAACAUACACAUGGAUUUGAAGAAUAGUGUAUCUUUGAAGAAAUUGCCACCUGCCACACAUAUGAAACCAACAGGCAAGGCUGAAAGUGAUCCUAGUGCAGUGUGUGCAGUGCCUACAGGUCUGUUUUCUUCUAGUCUGAAUCCUCAGAAUCAGGAAUUAAAGAGAACAAAUGCAGAAGAUCUUUGUCGGAAUUGUGUGUCAGUACCUGCCAGAGAAACUGUUGAAAACAGAGCAGAUUGCAGUGUCCAAGAAAAUUCAAGUGAACCGGAAAAUAUAGACCUCUCCAGUAUGAUUAUUUUGGAUGAGGUUGGCCAGUGCUCCUCACCAGAGACUAAAGUGGAAGUCUCCAGUGAACCAGUUGCAUCGAAAAAUGAAGGCAUGUCUCGACAGUGUGACAAGAGCUCAUUGAAUGUGGAUGAAGAUGAAGAAGUGUUGAGAGCUAAAGUGUUGACAACACUAGCAAGGAAACCUUCCACAUCUGCUGCAUUUUUGACAAGUAAACCCAAAAAUGUAAAAGAUAAUGCAGUUUCUGACACCUCAAAAGUGUCUUCGAAGCAACAAAUUGAAACCAGUGCUCACUCACUUCCUGUUUUGCCUAACCACAUAUCACCAAGCAGUAGUAACAGUGUACAGCCUGUACAGAAAACUUCAGUUAGUCAUAAAAAAGGAAAAAUGCCAUCUGAGCUUUCAGUUUCCCUGCAUGAAUUGAAACAAUGGAAUAAUGUUUACCAGCGAGUGCCUAAUAAGAAGGUAGAGCAUUCUCAGAGCAGUCUAUCCAAUUAUAACAAGGGAAAUAUCAUUAGAACAAAAUACUGGAAGAGGUCAGUAAAGAAAGGGUUCUCAGGAUCAAACACAAAGCAGAUAUUGACAGUAGUACAUAGGAAUCCUGUUCCUAUGAAGCAACUUACGGGACCUUCAGCUGUUGCAAGAAAGGAUCCCCCAAACAUGGAUCUGGAACUGAAGACCAGAACUGCACAAUUUAAACCUGUUGAUAAUACUGUAUCGAGAGUUGUGUUCCGCCCCCGGGUACCUAAACCAACUAUGAUUCAAGUGACUGUGCCAACAACAAAUGUUGAUGAUAAACAACGUAAAAGAAAAAUUGCAGCAAGUGUUGUAAGUUCAGUGGCACCUGUACAGCCAGCAGCACAGAGGUUUGUGAUACGUUUGGGGGACGAUUCAGAUAGUCCAGAUGAAGAGGAGAAGAUACAUCCGAUGUCUCAGACCCCUAAACGAAGAUGUGUGAUAAAAAAUAACUCUUCUCUUUCACUGUGGCCUGUAUCGUCUUCAAAUGUUCGUACUGCACCAUGCGAUCAAGUUGUGAAUUGUGACAGUAAUAUUGCUUCAUCAUUGUCACAUCCAUUGUCUGAUAAACAGAAUACAGUACCAGUACUGACACAGCAUGUCACAGUUUCUAGAAUAGCGGAUGAUUUUGAAAAAAGUGUGGACAUAUUUUUGAAGCAGCAACGGAAAUCACAGGAGGCUACAGCAAAGGAGAUGCCAGACGAAAAUGUGGGAGGGAAAACAAAUCAGGUGGUCUCAUCUGCUACACCACUGGCUGUUCGCCAUUUGCCGUCAUCUCAGCAAGAGGAGUAUCGUCGUCUUAAGCAGCAGAUUGCAGAACUUGAAGAACAGAGGAGACGAAGCCAACAACAGCAGCAGCAUCAGCAAGAGCAACAGCAACAAAAACAACUGCCACUGCUGUCACCACCACCACCGCCGUUAUCAACAAACAUGACCAAUUCAGAAUCAUAUUCUCGCCUCUCAUCACCCAGUCGAACCGCAGCUUUGAGCAGCAGUAGUAACCAUCCACUUAGUAUUGCGCAUACAAACACAACUGAUGGAAAGAAAGGAGCGCCACAGAGCAGUGUCACAUCUGCAGAGCGUGGGAGUGAUUUAGGGAAGAUUUUGAGAAUGCAGAGUGCUCAGAACAAAAGACCCAGCAAUUCAGUAAUUUUGAAAGAAGCAGCAAGUGAUAAGGGGAUAGCUAAUGCUGCCUCCCCAGCUCCUGUAAUAUCAGAAGAAGAGCAAGGAGAAACCUUAGAGAAAGCCAAUGACUUGACCGAUGUAGUAAGUCAGGAGGAGGAAUCAGUGAUGGAGUCAAAAGAUGGUGUUUUUGAAGUGCAUCACGUUAGCAUGCUAUCUUCAUGUCAACAUGAUUGCUCCUGCAACAGCGAUGAGUCACUGGAACAGAAGGAAGCAAAAUUAGCAGAAAUUGAGCAUCAGCUUCUGUCAAAAAGGUAUGAGGUGCUGGAUGAGUUGACAAAUAUGACAACACUUCUGUGCCAAAUAGAAAGGGAACGAGCCACAGAAGAAGAAUGUUUGAAAGACCUGCAUCGUAUCCGUGGAGAACUUCUCCGAGUCGAAGAACGACUUUCUCAGCAGAAGGAAUUGCUGUCACAUAUGCGCAGUGACAUGGCAAAAUCCCACCGGCUUGUGGCUCAAGGACGAGCAGAGUGUAUUGGCCUGUCUAAAACUUGUCUGUCAUUAGGAAUUGGCGUGAAAGGUCAUUCCUAUAAAGUGCCAGCAGGAGGUGCAGAGCUAAUGAACCGUAAACUGCAGCAGGUUGCAGCUCAGACGCGGCGGAUGUCCAGAAAGAAAGAACAUUCGGAUAACAGUGAUGAGAAUCGAUGUGGAAGUGAUAUGCCAUCCUUUCUUACUUUACAAGUACCAGUACAGGAUAAGAAAGAACUGAGGACAGCUUGCAUUGCAGUUGAGAGUAGUGAAGAUAAUUCUAAAGCGUGUUCUUCCUCUACAAUGGAUGUGAACGCAGAAAGUAUCUCACUCAUCCAGUCUACUGAAAAUGGCAGCAUGUUGUUUUCCAAUAGUCACAUUUCACAAAGUAAAUCUGCAAAUUCAUCAGACACGCUGGAUUGCAAGUUAACAGAGCUGCCCUCCAAACCAUCAGUACAGUCGCCAUUAAGUGAAAUGAGUGAAACAGGUACAAGCGUAGCUGCAAAGUUGGACAGCUGUGUUCAGGUGGAAAGUGAUGAUGUGGAAGUUGACAGGAGUCAGCCUGCUGUGACUGAUGUUGAACGAAUGGGUACAGAUGUUCUAGGGGCAUCUGACAUGAAGAUGGUGGGAAUUGUUGGCAACUCAAAAGAGACAGUGUUGCGACACUUGUCCGAGUACAGGUCACCUCUGGAGCAUUUGUAUUCAGAAAGAGGCAAGUCGGAGGCUGGAAGCGAGUGGUGUGGCCCACUGGAUCCGCUCGCCAUUCUCUGCCCCUAUGAGCUGAUGGGCAGAUGCCAGGAUGAGGACUGUAGUUACCAACAUCCAUCAAAAAGCACCGUGACAUGACAUCUGAGGACAGACGUACUGAGCUUGGUUGCAAAUGUAACAUGCUUCUUGACAUUUUAAAAAUGCCACCAUUGGACAGUUGCAGUCUUAGACCUACUGGAACUGUGACGCAGAUUGGAGUGGAUGAUGAUGAUAAGGUAUUAUUGCAAGGGACUUCCCCCCCCCAAGUUCUGAGCCGGAGAUACUGAUUCGUUUUGAUUUCCAGUUCAUUGGUAAGUUCAGCAGAAACAGGCGGAUGUUACCCUUAGGUUAUGUAUGGUAGCUCCUGCCAUUCAAGUUGAAUUUACAUCUUACUGCUGUUUCUUUAGUGUUCAGUAUUUUGAAUACCAUAUUUUAACCUUUCAGUCAGAUGUUCACGCUGUUAAUUUCUUAAAAUGUGUAUCAUACUCAGAACAAGAUUAGCACAUUGAAUGGAACAGUUUAAGGAAUAUUGGGCGUAAAACAAUUUGGGCUUAUUUUCUUGAAUUCGCUGAAUAAAAUUUCCCUUGUACCAAUCUUGUUUCUGACUUCUGACACAUGUGCCUAUAAACACACAUAUUCUGUCAUUUGUGCUAAUAAUACCGUAGUUAUUUAUUAUUUUGUAUUUAGUUAUCAGUUUCACCAUAAAUCUUUUACCAGUAAUGCUAUCUCUAGUGGAAUCCUUAACGUGCUGCAGAUUCUGUUGUUGUCAAAAUGACCCUAAAAUUUGUAUAUAUAUCUGGACUCUUUAUACCCUUACAGUUUAUAUAAUUUAAUACAAAAAUUAUGUAGGUGUAUGAUUAUUUUUAUAUCAGAAUAACUUUUCUAUAGCAGCAGGUUUUGUAUGUGUGAACAUUUUUUUUUGUGAUUAUCUGUAAUGAUCUCAUAAUUGAAUGGAACUAUGUGAUGUGACUGAGCUACAACCUGCAAGAACAUUCAUGCUCAGAGGCUGAAGGAGUCAAAUUACUGAUGAACCUUGAGUCUGAACAUCAGAGAGCUGAUAACAUAUGUAUCGCACGAAUGAAGAUGAGAGUCGCUGUUGGAAAUGAUUCAUACUCAUUCUGACCCUAUAAAAAUGACGUUGAAGUAGUUAUUUGAUAAGUGGCAAAACUGCAUAUCAGAAGAUAUUACUGCCAGGAUGAAACUAACACUGAGAGAAAUAUAAUGAAAGAGAGACAAUUUUGUACAGACUUCAUGGAAACAACUGAUGGUGUAAGUGAAGAGAAGAAACAUGUACUUAAUGUGAGUAUAAAUGAAACUGUGUUUGACUCAGAAGGUGCAAGAGAUUCCAUGAGGUUGGUGUGAAGAAUGAAUACUGGGUCAUGUUUACAUUUUUUUUUGUCAUAUUUAUUGUAAAAGUUCAUUUUGUCAACCUUAUGACAAGUGUAUGAAUAUUUUAAAGUGACUGAAUUACAUGUAUUAUUGAAAAUUA